AUUUCAACUGGAACUGACAUGAUUCAUACUGGACCAUCCUAAAUGCAACAGGAUUGGAAGGACAGUGCCAGUGGGCAAAAUAAAGUCAAAUUGCAAACAUGAAGACUGAGGCUCAGCCAGAAAGUUGCAAAAAACACAUCACUGAGGAGCUUAUGUGUUUCUGUAACAAGCGUUUUAAAAGAUUGUGCAGUGCUAAUGCAUAAAAAUAGUAUCCUUGUUACAAGGUUAUGAAACUGCUGACUGGAAGUUUGAAAGAUACGAAUCACUUCCUUUAAGUUUCUUUGGACUCAGGCUGUGUGUGUUGCUUUGUUCUUGAUGUAACGUAAAUAUAUGAACAAAAAGUGAAACAAGUCAAGAUGUCAUUCACACCAUCUCCAGGCAUGGCAACCACACCUACAAUGUCUGCAACAGAGAGUCCUCCACUUCAGUAUAUGUCAGAAGAUGGAGACAGCAUUGACAGAAGUGAAACCAUGAAUAUGUCCCAGCUUGAACCCUUACCUCCUGUUGAUGCCCAACCAGUGAUGUACUGUGAACCAGCCUUUUGGUGCUCUAUUAGUUACUAUGAACUCAAUACUCGUGUUGGUGAAACUUUUCAUGCUUCACAGCCCUCUAUAACAGUAGAUGGUUUCACAGACCCAAGCAAUUCAGAACGAUUCUGUCUUGGACUGUUGUCAAAUGUUAAUCGUAAUGCAGUUGUGGAACAAACGAGACGUCAUAUAGGGAAGGGUGUUCGUUUGUACUACAUUGGUGGUGAAGUGUUUGCUGAGUGCCUAAGUGAUUCAUCCAUUUUUGUACAAUCACCUAACUGCAAUCAGCGGUAUGGGUGGCAUCCUGCUACAGUCUGCAAGAUACCACCUGGCUGUAACUUAAAAAUCUUCAACAAUCAGGAGUUUGCAGUGCUGCUGUCCCAGUCGGUGAGCCAAGGGUUUGAGGCUGUGUAUCAGCUAACUCGUAUGUGCACAAUUCGAAUGAGUUUUGUCAAAGGUUGGGGAGCAGAGUAUCGCCGUCAGACUGUCACAUCUACUCCUUGUUGGAUUGAACUACAUCUGAAUGGUCCACUUCAGUGGUUAGACAGAGUUCUUACACAAAUGGGCUCACCAAGAUUACCUUGCAGCUCAAUGUCCUAAAAAAAUUGAUACACCCAUUAUAUUUGUGUAGGAUCCUGUGACCAGAGCCAGUUGUGUUCUGGUUCUACCUGAGAAGACCACUGUAACUGCAACUGAAAUGUUGAUUUUAUGACAAUUUUUAUAGUAUGACAUGGUACCAUACAUAGAAAACUUUCAUAGUAAUUAAUACAACCAGUUCUUCUGCAUGCUUUAAAUUUCUGGUUCCUGUGUUUUGUAGUGUAAAGGAUGUUAAACUUAAAAUGCUCGUGUAGAUGCAUACUACAGAAUUUAUUUUUGUUGCUUUAUAAAUAUAUAUUUUGUUGUAUGUGUAAACUAUUUUAAAAACUCAUGUUGUGUGUAAAUUGUUACAAAUUAUAAUUUUUUUGUUCAUGAUGCCAUGGUUAUUUUCAACUAACCUGAAACUAAAAAAAGGCAUCAUUGUGCUGCCCAGUAUGAAACAGAAGUUAUGUAGCAAUUCAUUGUGUAUGAAAAUUUAUUACAUCAAUAGCCACUUCAAUCUACAAAAAAUAUUCACAUUAGUAAUUUCAGCAAAUAGUUGCCAUCUUCAGAUGUCCAUAAUCCAUUGAAAGUUGCGUACAGCUAAACAAAUGUAGUUAGGCACUUUGAACAUCAUGAAGUUACUUAACGAUUCAAUGAAUGUACAUCAUUUCACCACAUUAUAAAAAAUUCACUCUUUUACCAUGUGACAAUAUGAUGUGCAUUCAUUGAAAUGUUAAGUAAUUUUAUGAAGGAAGUGUUUGUCUGUAUGAAGCCUUUCAGUUGAUAAAACACAUCUGAAGAUGGUAACUGUUCACCAUACAGGCAAUUUGAAUAUUUUCUUUGUGUCUGUACAGUUGUUGACAUAAUAAAUUUUUAUACAAAUAUUACAAAGGUAACAUACUUCCAGUUGGCAUUAUGUCCUUUUUUUUUUUAAAAGAACUUUAUUGUAUAUUGUUGUGAUGUGUUGUUGUUUGGAAAGCAAUGAAAAGUAUGGUGUGAAAUGAUCAAGCUCAGAGUAUAAAAAAAAAGGAAUUUGGGUAUUUUGUAUAGAGAUUAUUAGUUUUGAUUGACACAGAACUGUCCAGUUAUGUAGAGCAACUCAUGUCCUGAGGAAAGUGCCUUGAAAGUUCUUGGUUAUAAAACAUGUUCUGUAUAAUGGGUCUUAGUACCACAAAGCCAGAAUGUGAGCAAGAAAAGCCUAAUUAAUUAAGUUGUAACACAGAGAAAACUGGUACUGUAGCAGUAAUUUGUGUAGAAGAUUUUAUAUUUGAGUUGAAGCAAAUAACUUCUUCUCAGGUUUUGAGAAUAAGUCUUUUUAAGUGCUACUGAUUUAACUGAAAAUUGAAAACUAUGUGAACAAUGUAUAUUUCAAUUUCCUGGUGUUACUUGUAGUGACAUAGCAUGUUUCCACUUUGUGAUGAGAUAUGUUGCAUCAAAAAUAGUGUGUAUUUUGUAUUAAAAAAAUACCAUUUUGUCAAA